AUGACUUUGGCUUUUAAUAUGCAACGGUUGGUGUUUCGUAAUUUGAAUGUUGGGAAGCGCAUGUUCAAGAACGUCCCCUUAUGGAGGUUUAAUGUCGCCAAUAAAUUAGGAAAGCCCUUAACUCGCUCUGUAGGGUUAGGCGGUGCUGGCAUAGUUGCUGGUGGCUUUUACUUGAUGAAUCGCCAGCCUUCUAAGUUGAUAUUCAAUGAUUCUUUAGGGGCAGCUGUCAAACAACAGGGUCCCUUGGAACCAACUGUGGGCAACAGUACGGCAAUUACCGAGGAAAGGAGGAACAAAAUAAGUAGUCACAAGCAGAUGUUUUUGGGAUCAUUAUUCGGUGUUGUUUUAGGAGUUACGGUGGCUAAGAUAUCAAUUUUGUUUAUGUAUGUCGGUAUUACAAGCAUGCUUCUUUGUGAAUGGUUACGGUACAAGGGAUGGAUUCGCAUUAAUUUGAAAAAUAUCAAAUCUGUAAUUGUUUUGAAAGAUGUAGACUUGAAGAAACUGCUUAUUGAUGGGUUAUUGGGUACAGAAUACAUGGGUUUUAAAGUAUUCUUUACAUUGAGUUUCGUAUUAGCAAGUUUAAAUGCUAACAAAUGA